AUGGGCUCCAUCAUAUCAGGACUGAGAAGGCCACGAAGGACUUCUGUGAGCCAUGCAGAACCGGAACAGUUAGUACCCACCCUAGAUCUGUCUCCGCACCAGCAUCAGCUGCUUGUAGAGUCUUGGGCGCUCAUUCAGCAGGACAUUGCUAAGAUUGGAGUUAUUAUUUUCAUCAGGCUCUUUGAAGUGCACCCAGAGUCUAAGGAUUUCUUUCUUCCUUUCCGCAAUGUGGAUGACCUGCAUGAACUGAUAACCAGUAAAGACCUGAGAGCUCAUGGACUAAGGGUUUUAUCAUUUGUGGAAAAAAGUAUUGCCCGGAUUGAUAAUUCUGACCGUCUAAAAGAACUGACACUGGAGCUUGGAAGAAGUCAUUACAGAUACCAUGCGCCUCCCAAAUAUUAUCAGUAUGUGGUAGCUGAAUUUUUUUCUGCUAUUCAUCCCCUUCUGAAAGACAAAUGGACACCAGAGUUGGAGAAUGCAUGGAAGAAUCUGUUCACCUAUAUCUGCGCUCUGAUGAGAAGAGGAUAUGAUGAGGAAGAAACAAAAACUGCUGGCAAGAAGAGUAACACUCCUAUAAAAUAA